GAAAAAUACAAUGAGAAUUGCACCAUUGCAAUGAAAAGUUCAACAUUUUUAUUCGCCUAUGCUGCUGAUUUUGAUAUCUUAUCUUUUAAUCAAAUGAAGAAUGUAGUUGUUCAAACUUUAACUGUUAAUAGAAACAAAUAUUCCAAAUUGGGAAUGGUUCAAUUUGAUACUGCUCCCACGAAAAUUAAUAUAACCUAUUUCGAUGAUGUUCAAACAUUUUCCGCUGCUCUUACAAACAAUCCUCCAAAUCCUAAAAUUGCGGCAGGUUCCUCAACAACUUCGAAUGUUUUAUCAGUUAUUUCUAAGUUCCUUGCAAAUCCGACUGUACCACUGGAAAGUUCCAUGGUGGUGCUUCUUAUCAAAAGAUGGCCGGACAUUGAUUCUGACUUGACACAUCUUGAAUAUAGUUCCAUCACAAACAAAGAUAUCAAGAUAUUCACAAUUACUUCUGACAAUGAUUUUAAUCAACAAUUUGCUUCUGGCAUCGGAAGUUACAUACCGCUCAAUUCGCUUUCUGUUAACAGCAAUGGGCAUUUUCUUAUUGGCAAGUAUGGGCAAUCUUUGGUUCAGGCUUUCCAAAACCUGGUGAGUACGCCAUUUUCACAUAGUCUUGCUUUAACUAGCAGUUUUUCAAGCGUAUUCGGAGUUUGGAACAAAACAAUUGGGCAGUUGAAAGUCCCUCAUUCUGAAUCAUCAAAUGUUGUCAACUUCACAAUAACAAUUAGCGUCGAGAUUCCGCAAUCGGUUAUUAAUUCAAAACUCAUCCAAUUGAUUUUUUAUGAUUCCGAAACUACUCAAAAAGUUGUCAAGUUGCAAAGUCUCAAAGACACGAACUUUUACAUCGGGACUGUUCAGCUUAAAGAAAGGUCAACAUAUCAAGUUCUUUUCCAAGCCAGUCUAAAUUUCGUUACAAUUCCGAUGAUAAGAAUAUGGACAAAAAGUAAAUUGUCUUAUUAUGGAUCGUACGUUUCUUUAAAUAACCCGAUGAGUAGUCUAGAGACAGUCGAUGAGUACCAAGGAGCUGCAUUACGAAUGGAGUUGUUGAAUGACUGUUAUACUAGUCACGCGGCUUCUGUUAUCAUCACCGACUGUGCAGGAGUAAUUAGUGCCAAGUAUGACUCCAUUCAAAACAUCCAAAUCGACUACAUUUUCACUGGAAACUCAACUUUUCCUCACUACUCAUUUGUUCCAUUCUUUUGUGACCAAAUAUCUAGAACUGAGGAGAACUGCGUACCGGGAACUUUAGGCAAAUAUAACAUUCAAUUUGUAGCCGGCGAGUUCACUGUGAUUAGGUCAUUCCAGUGUAGGCCAGGAGUUGGGAAGAUUAAUUCGAACUGUCGAAACCUGGAUUCAAACGGAAAUUAUUACUGCAACCGAAACCAACUUCCGUAUAUGAGAGGACCAACGGGCCAAGUGCCUGACUGCCUUGGACAUGGCCAUGUAGAGUACGAAUUUUCAAAUUCAAAAGCUUACGUGUGCAUUUGUAAUAAAGGAUACUCGGGGGUAUCGUGUGAAACAAAAGUGUAA